GCUCUCUUCUGUUGCCAUGGCCACGGCCAGCAACCUAGCAGCUGUUUCCAUCGAAACCUACUACGGCAACUCGAACUGCUCGGCUGGUGGGCUCACCACCGCCACUCUCUACGAAGGCUACUGCACCGGCAUUGAGAGCUUCCCCUUGAAGUCCAUCUCCGCAGUCCACUCGGGCGGCACCUGUAGCGACGCCACCAAGUCGCCAGUGCUGUACACUUACACCGGCUUGUGGUGCGAGAGCGGUUUCUACGCUUCCUACGAUGUCACCGACGAGGAAACCUGUUUUUCGCUGGACGCGACUCUCCUGGGUCUUUCAAUCAAGUGCGAGUAAUGCUUCUGUCGGAUAGUCAAGGACCUGUGGUUAUAAGGUGG